GAAAACCUACUACUUAAGUAGUAGCGGUGCACUAUAUUAUUUUGGAAUGCAGCUUCAAAACUAAUUUCACAGACUAAAAGUCAACUAGAUAUUAUAUAGUUCAGGACUUUAGUUAAUCUGGUCGUCCUAGAUACUCUGAACUCCCUUAAUUCAAUGAUUGAAAAUAGUAUAUUUCUUACAGAUCAUUUGUAUACACAUUAUUCUCACGACCACGUUGUUGAUUCAUUUUAUGAGGCCGGUAGAUUGUGGUUAUACUGUGUAGAUUUUUGUAUUAGGCAUUAUCAGCAUACUUGGCGUUUUGACUUAAAAUUAAAUCAUAAAGAUCCACUUUACGACGUGAUCGUUUAGAGCUGGAUAGUAUGGUCCAGUUACUCAGUGCGCAGGUAUUUGUUCGUGGACUACACUUUAGGUAAUAUUUCAAUGGAGGGCUACUUUAUCACCCCAACUGAAUUAUUCUGACAUCUAACUCAAUGUUUGAAAAUCGACUGCUUAAAUAAGUGUUCUACGUUGUGGAUAAAUUAAUAAAAGCUUCGUUAAAGGCAUCGAGUUUGUUCAAACGUUUCUUUUAAUGGAGUUGUCUCAAUAUUCUGAACACUUUUUUCAAUUAAAAACGUAGGGUACCUGUUGAUCCGACUCCAUUUUGUAUGAAUGAGUGUGCCGGGAACAUAAAUCUCCCGUUUAAUUCCGUAUACUAUACCUGGGCUAACCCUGCUUGUGUGGCGGCGGUAAUAUGGAUUAAGUUGGAUUGGUUUAUUUCAUGCAGUCGUUUACUCAGACAUUAUAAUGGGAAGCAGAAAAAUCAAAGAGAAGCGAAGAAGUCAAGCGGGCUAACUCAUAUUGAUAAAGCGUGACUAGUUAUAGUCAAACAAAAAUAAGCUAAAGACAUGUGAUAAAUGGGGGUAAAAGAGACACUCCUAAUUAAAAGCAGUCCAGUUUAUGAGCAAGUAGUUGACGAAGUCAAGAUGUGACUCAGGAAGAAUAAAUUAACUGGUCUAUCUGGAAAAUAAAACAACCCAUUUAAGCGUAAAAUAAAACUAAAAACUACAAACUACAAGUUUUGUUCGUUAUAAAUCAAGAUUAUCUUAAGUCUCAUAUGUUUAUGAGUUACUCAAUGUGUGUACUGAUUUCUGCUCAUCUACCUAAUUAAGCUCAUAUGCUCUGCUAUGCUGCCUAUUAAGUUAUUCAACAAAAUAUUUUUUAAACUAAAAUUUUGUUUCCAUUUAGGUCUAAUUGUUUAAAUAUGGAUACGUCAAUGGAAGAUUUGUUUUCCGAUUUUGAUAAAUCUACUGUUUUAGUUGAGACAGGUAAAUGGAUUACAGUGAGCAUGCCAGCGAGUCAUUGUUAGAUUUAAACUGUUCUAGUUUUAAAAGACGUUUUUUACUCAUUUCAAUAACAUCAAUUGAUGAAGCAAAAUGUGGACACUGGUUUUAGGACGUUUUAUACCAUAAAAGUGUUUACCUAGCCAAAUACAUGCGUAGCUUUUUGGUCAAUAGUAAUGACGUGAAUUUUUAACUCAUUACAUAUUUUAUGUGAUCAAAUAUAGUAUCAAACUAUCCAAAGAUCACUAUUCAUAAUCAAUCUCUCUUUAGAUGCUAUAUACCCCUUCGUGUAUAUUGGGACAACCAGUGGUCGCGACCAUUCAGAUGGGAUUACAUCCAGUUCGCAGAUUUUAGCUAAAAUAUUAGUCGACAUGGUUGCUAAAACUGGACCGCCAUAUUUAAUGACCUCUGGAGCCAAUCCGUCUAGACCAGUUGCUCUUCCUCGUUUCAGAUUAGCUAUAGCUUUUUGAACUUCAAUUAGAGUCCAGGGGUCUACUUCAAUAAUCCAUUCAGGCUAUUUGGGAAUGGUGGGUGUUCGUAGAGUAGCUGGAGGCCAGUUUAAUUGCUCCUUAAAGUUUUCCACCCAUCGUCCUAAACGUUCGGGCUGAGAGCAGAUAAGAGUGUCAUCUUUUCCCGAGAUCGCCUCACUUACACUUGACUUCUUAAUUCCAGUUUCUUUUUAAUUACCCUCCGGAAAAUUCCCAUUAUAUUAAAAACAAUUGUCUUUUUAAUUAGUCUGAAAAACUGUCUGGUGUUACCUACAGCCGCUGCCUUUCUAUCUCUUUUACUUUUGUUACCCACCACUACUCACGAUCGUUCCAUAGAUCUGAUGUACAUAUAAAUAAACAUACAGUACCAAACUUGAACUGUAAACCCACUUAAUGAAGGUUAAGUGUUGAAAUCUUGAUGCAGCUUUGUUUGUCAAUAGCUUUUAAAUAGUUUUAUAACAUGCGAAUAUAUUUUAAAACUCUACAAAAAUAGUAUUUGCAAUUUGUACACAGUAAUCAAUACGAAUCGUCACAUGCCUGAUUGUUCAGUCACAACAGCCACCUCUUAAAAAACAUUUUUAAAUUGUAGUACAAGAUUUUCGUUUUUUUCAGUUAUUAUUAUUUCUUAGUCUAACUAACUGUCUAAUUUUAUUAACUAUCCCUGUACGGGACAAAAUGUACGUUAGUUGUUGGACGCCCAGUUAGUACUGUAUUUUUUCAUACAAAUUCAUGGUACCACCAAUGCGGAUGAGACAUCCAGGAUGUGGACAGUCCACUCGAUCAUAUCACUCCCUAUAGCCAUUUCUUUAGUUACACAAUAUCUUUUAUUAUUUAUUGACUGUUAACUAGUUAAAUCAUUCACUAGAUAGUUGAGUAUGAGCCACACUUUAAGUUCAGAGACUACUGUUACCAUUUGAUUUCCUGAACCGAAUCCCUUUACCGCUAACCCACUUUUCUACUUUUUUAUUGAUUCGUUUACGGUAAUUUGUUUCUUAGUGAGCUACUACAUCAAGAAUUCUUUUAACGUUAUAAAUAAGUAAACAAGUAAGCGAAUAAUCCUCCUAACCUUGCCGUUUUUCAUGGUUUUUUAUGGAAUGAUACAAUAAUGUUCUUAGUAUUAAUUCUUAGCAGAUGCAAAGAAAAAUAAUACAGAAAAGCAUGACUUAAUGGUACUUGCUACUGAGACAAUAGGCAAUGAAACUAUACGUAUUGAAGGUGUUCACCAAGCUUCUACUCAAAGUCUAUGCUUAACCAUUGAAUUACAUGAAAACUCUUUGUUGUCUAGUUGCAUUAAUUUGGAAAUUCCAUACCAGUAUCCCUCAUCGAGCACAAAUUUGUCAGAGACGAAGAAUAUACCAGUUCAUAUCUGUACUCUUUGUGAUAAAAAUCACUUUAUGAAUAUAAUUACUUAUCCACAACAUCAAACUUCGACAGUAUUUGCUGAUUUAUCCUUCACAUCGUCAUCAUCCUCAUCAAUAUUCACCUGUUCUAAACGUUUUAUUAAUAUUCUUUGUGAUAUUGAAAAUGAAGAUAUUAGAUGCGAUCCUGAUCUGGUUCGAUUAUGUAGCCUUCCAAAUGGACUAGUCUAUGCUAUUUGGUAUACAACUAUGAAUAAAAAACUUCAUUGUUCAGUUGCAUUUCCAUUGUCAUGUUGUAAGCCAAUCGUGACUUGGGCUUUUAUUCGUAAUCCUGCAGCUAAUUCUACACUGUCUCGUAUAAUUGACAAUACAUUAGCAGAUAAUCGUUGUACUCAAAUCGAAAACAAUACUGUGAAUGAUCUGCUUAUUGGUUUAACAAAAGAUGGUGAAGGUGUAGGUGUUUGGUUCGAUUCAUCAGAUGUUUGUAACAAAAAAGUUUUAAACAUCACUGAAUUCAGUUUACCCCAAUCACCUGAUCCAAUUACAAAAUGUCGUGCACAAGGUUCAUGGCUCCAUGUGAUCACUCAAAGUGGACAUUUAACAUCAGUACAUUUCAGUUUACAAUUAAGACAAUGUAAUGACAAUAAUAAUAGUGAAUCAACGAAAUGGAAUUUGUUAUGUCAACCAACUAAUUUUCCUCGAUUACCUAUUAAUUUAUCACCUGUGAAUAAUAUUGAGCAAUGGAUAAAAUCGUGCCCAAGAUGGCGUAAUCUUAAUGUUUGCGACUUUACUCGUUUGGCUGAUGGUCAUUUGGGUAGUGUUGAUUCACAAGGUUGCAAGACACGUCUAGUUGAUCUAUUAUCAUCUAAAUCUGAAAUUGAUGCUCCUGUUAAUUAUACAGAACAACAAUUGAAUCAAACAUUCAUGAAAUUAAUCAAAACAAAAUAUCAAAUGAAAAGUUAUUUAGCAUGUUUACUUCUACUAAACCGUUUGAGUAAUUUUAAAGUGAAUACAGACAAAAAUGAUUGGUCUCAGUUCCCUUUAGAUUGUAAAGUCUAUUUGACAUCAUGUCGUGCAGAUCAUGAGUCAGGAAACCAAUCACCUUUGGAAUUGAUUGUUGAUAUCACAGUCCAGAAUACAACAACUGAUGACAAUCUAGGAGAGAAUAUUAAUGAAUUAUUAUUUCAUUCCGAUUUAAACAAAAUUAGUCUAAAUAAUCUGGCACAAAUUAUUUUAUUCAAAUCGUACAUGAAUAAUACAAAGAAUUAUAUCAUAUCUGAUUAUCUUGAGAAAUAUUUAUACAUUGUUAUCAAAAUGGAAGCUGUUAGAACAGACUGUGAAUCGUCAUCAUUAUCAUCAUCAUCGAAUAUGAAGGAUUUAAUCACAGAUGCCGAUAAGAACGUCGUCAACAAUCAUCAUUCACUUGUUUACACGUAUAGAGAAUUGUGGUUUUCAUCACCGAUAAAUAUCAAUAGUGAUAAUUCCAAAUUACGACGUUGUAUCAUUCCAUCAACAAAUUGGUUACAAAUAUUUCAUACAACUGAAUUGAAUAAUUCUUCACUUUUUCAACAAAAUCUAUUGCCUACUACUACUAAUACUAAUAGAAUAUUCUCAAUUGACGGUAGUACACUUCAAGUGAAUAUUCAAUUAGAAUUUCAACCACCAAUAAUACCACAAUAUUUAGAUUGUUUCAAUCAAAAAUCAUUUGAAACUAUAAAAAUAUGUAAUCAUUCACCAAUUUUUGUUAACAUUGGUCAUAGUUACCUUGAUUGUAUACAUUUUCUAUAUCAAAUAAAAACGAAUUCAUUAUUGAAUAAUGUUGUAAAUGAUAAUCCAAUGAAGUUCAUUCAUACAAUGCAUAUUAAUAUUAAUGAUUCAGUAUUUCAAUCCAUCAUAUCAGAUAUUUUCAAAAAUUCCAUAUCAUGUUCAAGUAAUCAUCAUGAAAAUUUCCUUAAAUUAAUGGUAAAAAAUAAUAAUAAUAAUAGCAAUAAUGGUCAAUUAUUUUAUUGUUGUUUAACAAAUCAAUCUGUCAAAUGUGAAUGGUCUUUAAAUUUAGAUCCAUUUAGUUUUAAACAAGAGAACAAGAAAGAAGUGGAGAUAAAUAAUAUAGACAACAACAAUUACAGUUCCAAUACCUGGUGUUUUACAAUAUCAUCUGUUUGUUUACAAACAUUAUGGUCUAUGUAUAGAGCUAUUGAGUUGCGUCAGAAAAUAUCAUUACAGAAGAAUAAUUCGAUAGAAACUUUCAAACGUCCUACUGUUGAACAACUUAGAUUAGAAUGUUCUGUCUUAAAGAAAUUACUAACUUCCCUACACGAUAUUCGAGAAAGAAUUGGUAAUAAGGAUAAUAAUAACAUCAAUGAUAACUACUUAACAGAGAAUUUAUUAUCGGAACCAAAGUGUAUGCUGAAUUUUCUUUUAGACUCUUAUUGUGUCAUUCGAAAAACAGCAAUGUCAUCAUGUUUAUUUUAUCAAUGAUGAUGACGAUGUAUAUUAUGUUGUAUAUAUUUAUCUAAUCAAAAUAAAUACCUAUCAUUUG